AUGUCUGCCAACCCAGGAAACGUUGUCGGAGGCCACAAGGCAAACCUCAACAACCCAAACACAUCCGACGAAUCCAAGCAGCACUCCAAGGAGGUCCUUCAGGAAAUCGAGAAUGGUGGUGACGCGAGCGCCGUAUCUUCUUCCAGUGGAGACAAGAACCCCAAUAACGUUGCUGGUGGUCUUAAGGCUACGCUGAACAACCCCAACACCUCGGACGAGGCAAAGCAGAGCGCGAAGGAGAGGCUAGGUCAGGAGUAA